GAUGGCUGCUUUCACACGUCACAGAUAUUUGUGAUAAUAGUGAGCAUUUGAGCUUUUGAAUUUUCGCCAGAAUUAGGUAACCCUCACUAUAGUGAGAAACAUCUCUGUAGUGAGGUUGGUGACUUUUGUGAGGGCAUGAUAAUAGGGCUGAUAAUUGAUACGAUUAAAAUUAUCACACCUCUUAAUAAUCGGAUUACCAGAGGAACGAUUUUGUCAUCAUUCAUCAAAGAUUAUGAGAAUGGCAUCACAAAGGGGUUGUUUGUGUUUAUUACCAAACGUUUAGUUUCGUGUGUUGUCUUGUCAUAUUCUGAUUGCUUAAACUUGAAAUUCGUUUGGGCUUAAGUUUAUUCGUACUUGAAUUAUUGUAAUCCAAAAUGUGCAAGUGUUUAGCAGGGAACGUAGCAUGCUGUGCCUGCCAUUGUUUUAUAGCUGAAAAUGGAUUUUCGAAACCGUAAAAAGGUCAAACUGAGCGAAAUGACCGAUUAGCAAAUUUGUGAAUUUAUGGAAUCGGUUGAAACAGACGAAGAAGCUGAUUUUAGUAGCGAUGACGAUAUGAAUGAUCCGGAUUUCGAACCUAAUGAAAUAAGCCCCGAAGAUGAACGGUACAUAUCGGAGGUAGUUCACCAAAUCGAUGAAGACGAAUCUGCUUUUUUGAAUAAAGCGGACAAGUUUUCGUUGAACUUGAGUGCAAUCAAGGAAGAUCUUCCCUCAACUUCGCCAAAUGAAGAAGUUGAAGAAGCUUCAGGAGAAGAAGGGCCAUCAACUUCAACACCACGUUUGAAGCCACCAAAACGUGCCCAUUCCCUUUUGCCUGAAUUUGAUUGUAGUGGUCAGUCUAUUGUGCCUUCCUCUGGAGGUUUCAGCGGAACAGGUAAUAUGUCUAGAUGCUGUGUUCAUUUUAUUUGUGAAUCUAAAAUUCCAUUUAUUAUACGUAUUGAAGCAAUAACCAAAGAUUCGGCUGAGUUUUCCAAAGUUAUAUGGCGAAAAAGAUCGAUGUGUUUGCAUGUAAAUGAGGUGGCCUUCCGUGGUGACUCAAGCCUACCAUCUUCAAUCAAAGAGCUUAGAACUCCGAUGGAGAUAUUUCGCUAUUUCUUCACUAAGAAAAUGGUUGACAAGAUUGCUUUAGAAUCGAGCUGGACAGCUCGCAAUGUCGAUAUCAACUCCAAGUUCAUAACACCCGCGAAGAAAUUUACAAAUACAUUGGCAUUCUUGUUUACAUGAGCAUUUACCGCUAUCCCAAUUUGGAAAGCUAUUGGGGCCCAAAUGCGUUUCAACCAAUAGCAAAAACGAUGCCUAAAGCAAGGUUUAUGGCGAUAAAACAAUAUUUGUCUUUUCGUGAUGAAAACACUAGGGCCAAAAAAGGAGAGCCUGGUUAUGAUGCGUUGUUCCGUAUUAGAGCGUUGUCUGAUUUUUUUAAACACACGGUUUGAUUCCGUACCCAAAACAGCCCGAUUGUGCGUCGAUGAACAAAUGUGUGGCACCAAAAAUACAUGCCAAACAAACCACACAAGUGGGGCAUCAAAUUAUUCGUGUUAUGCGAUACAAGCGGAUUCGCUUAUCGCUUCGAGGUUUAUAAUGGUGCUGGCGACAAUGUGAUCUUACCAGGACAACCAGAUCUUGGAGCCACGUCGAACGUUGUUGUUCGUUUAUCGCAAACUAUACCAAACUUCAGGAAUCACAUUCUGUAUUUUGAUAAUUUUUAUACAUCGUUGCCGUGUUGGUAUUAUUGCGAGCUCGAGGCAUAUUUAGUUUAGGCACCUUACGAAUUCCUCGAAUUCAUGUGAGUAUAUGGGGAGAGCAUAUAGUGUUGGCAUAACCACAGUCUUAUGGAAAGACAAUAAAUUAGUACGAUUGGCAUCAACAUACUACGUCGGCGUUCAACCAUUUCAAAGAUCCAAUACAGAUGCAAACAAACAGCCAUCGAAAGCAGCUCGCUACGACAGAAAGGCGAAGAAAUAUUUGGAAAUUGAUUGUCCUCAAAUAAUCAAAGAGUACAAUAAUCACAUGGGCGGUGUUGACUUGAUGGACGCUCUGAUCGGCCGGUACCACAUACGAGCGAAGUCAAACGAUGCAAUAACUCGAUUGUUUUACCAUUUCAUUGACAUGGCGAUCACAAAUGCGUAUUUACCACAUAAACGGAUUUAUGCAGAAAAGGUAACUGACUCAAGUCAUGAAUCAGCCAAACAUGAACGGGUUUUGCAGUUCCCGCGAUUUCGUGAAGCUGUAGCUGCUAUAGAGCCAAGCAAUUCGGGAGUUGGCCAAAAGUCAAAACAUCCCGUACAUGAAGUGCACUACGAUGGUCAAGACCAUUUUCCAAUUUGGCUUGGCAAAGAAGGCGGAAAAAAAUGGUGUAAACUCUGUAAGAAGUCGCAAACAAAGUGUGUUUGCUCCAAAUGCAAUCUUCAUUUGUGCUGCACCAACGCAAAAAACUGUUUAAUUAUCACAAUAAAAAUUAGUUCUUUUGAAUA